AUGGCUCGUGUACACAGCAGCAUGGAGUUGACUCGGCUCCUUCACCCCAGCAGGAUGUCGACGAUCGACGACAUUGCCCUUGUUCUCGAAGAAUUCAAUGCGCACUUGCAUCCAAAGAACUUUCUUUCCGUGUUUGAAGCCUUGGUGAAGGAGAAGAUUGGUCUGAUGCCGGCGCUUAUCGUGUCCACGCUCGGAGAAAAGCCUCCUUUAAUCUACUGGUUCUUAGAAAGAAUCUCGGAUUCCAACGUCCAUGCCAUAUGCUCCCUUCUGUCCAAAAUUCUAAUGGAAUUAUCCAAAUUCUUUCUUGAACAUCAACCUGCCUCUUUUAUCACCCAGCAAACGAUCGCCAAGUUACGCGAGUCCCACCACAUCCUCACAUACGCGCCGCACAUACUUCAAGGUCUUUUGCCCCUGACCACCGAAGCCGCAGAUCGCAACACGGCACCGGCAUCCGCGUCUACGACGGUCAGGGCCGAAGUCCCCGGGAGAAUGGAGAGUGCUUUUAAGACAGCACUGAGAAAUAUUGACGAUGAAGCUUUCCGCAUGCUCGACAUAUCUGUCCCAACAGGUGCCAAUCAAGUCGAUGCUACUAUCCGAGAGCUCCAUUUACGUCUAUGUGAAAUACUCGAGUUUUAUGCGACGAUCUUGCGCAACCCCGAAUUUGAGCAUGCUCUCAAGUCUCGCAUUGUUGUUGAAGCCUCAGAGGCUCCAGUAACCACUAACCCAAGAUCGACUGACUUAACAUCUAGUGAAUACACGUUCGAACCAGUGUCAGCGUUCCCCGGCGUCCGACCCGUCUCCUACUUCGAGAACGUGGAGGGAUUUGGAGAUUGGAGGCUCCGUCUGACUUCUCGAGCAGAAAAUGACAUGAGGAGAUGUUCUCGGAAAGACCGCGCUUCUUUGAAAAUCAUCGUCAAGAAGCUCAGAGCCUUGUCUAACGGGCAUUUUUCCGCGGACAACCAAAAGAUUCUCGCGCAUUCUCAGAAUGGUGUUCCUAUAUAUGAAGCGAAGAUGGACAGCGACAAAAGAAUUGUUUAUCAUGUUGAUCUGCUCCAAGAAGACGACCAGAUACUUGUUCAAUGUCUGAAUGUGUUAGGAGUUCAAUACACUCACGCCUACAUCAACAACACCAACUGGGAAGCACUGAGUCGACAGCUUGGCAAGAGAGGCAAAGCGUAUCGUAAAAACUGCAGUAUUCGGCGAGAUCCUGUACGGCAUGGAAACGACGUCUGCAGGCCCGCCUUCAUCUCUGGAGCCCAGAACGAGAAUGAGAACGAGAGUACCCAAGACGAGGCUCUGUCGCUGCCGCCUGAUGACGUGGAGCAGCUACACUUACUGAUCGGGCAGGAAAAAUAUGUGGAAUUCUCCAAGCCGUUGCUAUUUAAUAUGCUUGCUGGUUUGGACGACCACUUCCCCUUCGAUCUCUCAUAUGAAGAAAGGGAGGUAGUUGAUCACCCUGGGUCCUGCUAUGUUCUCGGGCGUAGCGGCACCGGUAAAACUAUCACCAUCCUCCGGAAGAUGCUCGAAGUGGAAAGGUCGAAUGAAUUAUGUGCAGCUGAUGCCUUCAAGCAACGACAAAUCUUCGUCACUCGCUCGCGCAUCCUCGUCAAGAAAGUCGAGAAGCAGUUCAACGAGGAAAUGGAGGCUCUGCGGACGGCUGCUCUCUCGCCUGAGGAACUAAAACAGCUUGCUAUAUCACGCAAUGCGUUGCCAACUGACUUGCAACUUGUUGACGAGGACGACCGCGCUGAAUGGCAGGCAGGUCUUCCCAAAAGGUUCAGCGAACUAGAGGAUAAACACUAUCCCUUGUUCAUUUCAUUUGAUGAUAUGUGCACAAUGCUUGAGGCUGACCUUUUUCCGUCUUCCCGCCAUCAAGAAAUGUUGGACUACAAUAAGUUUUGCAGGGAGUAUUGGGGCCAUCUACCUGUCUAUCUCACUAAACGCCUGGAUCCUUCUCUUGUGUACAAUGAGAUUAUAGGUGUGAUUUGUGGCUCGGAGGCAACGCUCCUUACUCCUCAGGGAUAUCUAGAUCAGUCAACCUAUGAGAACAUGAGUAAAGGGAACCCCGUCUUCGCUGAAUGCAGACAAGUGGUGUAUACACUCUUCCGCGCCGUUCUAAAGAAGAAGAUUUUACUCGGAGACCUGGAUGCAGCUCAGAGGACCCACAGAAUUUUGAGAAACCUUAGGGAACAUGAUAUAUCGUCCUGGAAGGUCUAUCAGAUAUAUGUUGACGAGGUGCAGGAUCACCUUCUUGUCGAUACAUUGCUUCUUCGAUCGAUAUGCAACAAUCCGAACGGGUUGCAUUGGGCCGGCGACACGGCGCAAACGAUUUCAAGAGGUAGUUCGUUUUCUUUCAACGAGCUCAAGAGUUUCCUGUAUCGCAUAGAGACAAGACGAAAGAAAGAUUCAUUCGAUACUUCUUACCAGGCUGUCAAUCCACCAAGAAUUUUCCAGUUAACCACUAACUACCGCUCCCAUAGCGGUAUUGUCAACGUGGCGAGUUCCAUCGUCGAACUUAUCACUCGGUAUUGGUCGGACUCUAUCGAUAAGCUAGAACCGGAGCGUGGUGUCGGUCCAGGUGUCAAGCCUGCCUUUUUUGAGGGAUCAAUAUUGGACCACAAAGACGCACUAUUUCCAAAAAGUCAGAACAAAAUUCCGCUAGGGGCCGAACAAUGCAUCUUGGUCCGCCAUGAAGAAGCAAAGAGGAAGUUAGAAAAGGAAAUGGGGAAACUCGGGCUCAUCUUCACCAUUCACGAAAGCAAAGGGCUCGAAUUCAAUGAUGUCUUAAUCUAUGACUUUUUCAAGGACUCUGAGUUUGACAUCGGGUGCUGGAAGCUUGUUCUAAAUGCUGUCGAAGAUGCACUGCCUGGCUUGCAUAUACCUUCGUUUCAUCAGGUUCGCCAUGGCGGUCUAUGCUUAGAGCUGAAAACCCUGUAUGUCGGCGUAACGCGCGCUCGCAACAGGCUAUGGAUUGCGGAUGGGUCGGACAAGGCACAGCCUAUGAGGGUAUUUUGGAAUAGCCGUCAACAAAUUGAAAUUUGGUCGCCUGCCAAUUACCCUGUCAUCACUCAAGAGUCGACACCAGCCCAAUGGCUGGCUAAAGGACACGAACUUUUCUUGAAGAAGCAUUACCUUCACGCGAAGCAGUGCUAUGAAAAUGCACAAGCUCCUCAUGCCAUCGCAGUUUCAGAUGCCUACGUCCUCCGAGAAAGUGCUUUGCAGACCUCAACGUUGGCAUCGAAUCACCGCAUUUCGUUCAAGAUAGCAGCAGAAGCCUUCCUUCAUUGCUCGGAGGAUCCUAUGAAUAACGUCAACAAGGUUGACUACCUUCGCGAAGCUGGGAAAUGUUUCGAACGGUCUUCAUACAACGUGGCUGCCCUCGAUGCCUAUGAGCGAGCAGAGGCUUACAACGAACUUGCUCAACUCGCUUUGAAGAUUGGAAAAUAUGAUUACGCCUUGCAAAUCAUCCAAGAACAUCAAACCAAAAUGCGGAAAGAUGUGCACAGGAUGGUCCAGGCUGGUCUUCGUCUUCAUUACUUCGUGGCGAAAAAAUUUGACAUCCUGGACUCCCUAUUCGACCGCAAUGUAGAGGCACAAAUUAAACAUUUCUCUAAGGCGGACCGAACGCUGCGAUUAGAACAUCUGCUACAUCACAGACGUUUUGACUGCGCGGCUGGGUUAGAGCUCGAUGCAGGACAUUCAACCGGCGCAAUCGAAUUCUACUUGUGCGGAUGGCACUAUCGUUUGGCAAAAGAUGUCAUGCUCCGUGAGCUAUGGCAAGGAACAGCAUUCAAGACCAGAUUCACCGCAAAUGUUACCCAGUUCUACAACCAGGCAAAGAAGGUGCAGGCAGAUCAUGGUUGUUUUGACCAAGCGGAGGCCGACGAGCUGGAUUUAUUUAGUGCACUUCUGAGCAGUCUUGACGCCAAACAAAAGCGCAUCAAGUUGUUCGAUUUGGCGCAAAACUUCAAACGGGCUCAUCGGAGUGCAGCCUACGUCUUGUCCUUGGAUCAAUACUUUGUUAUGACUCCGCCGGUUUUUCAAAGUAACUACGACAUUUUCCAGACCCUCGACAGUCUAGAAAAAUUUGCCGCCUACGCGGAAGCUUUGCGAAACUUAACGUUGGGAAGUCUUGGCAAGUCCGGUCUUGCUCAACUAUUUGGACUCAGGCAGGUGGGCACAGAUAUGCGAGAGGGCAGAAUUUUUGUUCCGCCAUCGUCCAUCCUGCAUCAACGAGUCCAAGCUUCGUCGGCAUCUGCCAGUAGCCAUUCAUCUUUAAUUGCAAUCUCCCCUCAGCAGCUGGUGACCAUUGCCCUCAACUUCUUCGCGAAAUUGUUGCUUGAACGGGUGCAGACUAUGCACAAAUUUCUUCACGGUGUAGCAGAAAUCGAAGGACAGCGCAGCAGCUCCUCCCAAACGAGUAUAACCUGGCAUAAUACUUGGUUUUCGUGUCUAAUGACCCAGAUCGCCAUCGUGUCGCAUGUGGAAGAGCUCGAGGCCCCGACUCCGCGGGCCAUGAACCAGCUCCUUUGGAUUCGUAGCAUGUUUCAUGCUUUCCAUGCCAUGGGCUUGCCUUCAGCUAUGAUUAUAGUCCCAGCGAUGAUCGUCAAAUCCACAGUUUGGUUCGCGGAAGGUGUCAAAGCUGCCGUACGGUGGAUCUCAGACACGGAUGUACAGACGGGUUUCUAUGGUUAUGUCCCACCCAAUCAGGGUGUCACCUUCGCCCUAUCGGCAUUGGGUUUUCUUGCACGGUUUGACUACCCUGGCUUCUCGUACCUUCCAGCGAAAUUCUUUGAACGCCUGGAGCGUUUGGUAACGUCAACUAGCAUGAACAUGAAGGGCUCAAACGCAGAAAAAGCACGUCUAGGCAAAGAAUUCCAAAAUUUGGUGGCUAUAUACGACCCUCAAGAGGUAUUCAAAGUUGGAGACGGCGUCGAUUUUCUUAGGACGAUUCUGCGACUUGGCUGCGUCAUUGAUGUGGAGAUUUUCUUCACCGUGCUUGAAAAUCUCUGCUCCAUGUACACGGUGUCUCAGUACUACGAGACGAAGGAGACACAUUCGGGUCUUGUCCUCCCUCGAAGCUGGCUGUUUGCAGCAUCUUCCCAUCAAAAUUGCGAAACUCAUCCAAGCGACAUCUCUGGACUACUGCUCCUGUUCGAGGAUCUUCUGAAAUGUCUCUGUCUGGAUCAAGGCUCCGACCAAUUCAUCUUUGGCAUUGGUGGCCGCUCAAUACGUUCUGUACGCGACACCAUUUGUGAGAAAUACAUUUGUCGAAUGCUGCUAUCUAUGGGGCUAGUUGGUCUGAACCUGCAGGACACUGCUUUCAGGGGAAAGGUUCUGAAGUUGAUACAGGAUGUAUCUUCCUCCAAUCAAUUGUCUCGAUACUCCCAGCCUGCGAAGAGCUUCCUACAGGUUACGGUUUGGUCAGAGAUGGGACCUCUUAUUCGACAAAGCCUGCGUGAUUCACCGGUUGAUGGACUUAUCCAAAUCUACGAGAAAGGCCGGCAAGACCAACCACUACCCAGUAUUCCGAUCAUCCUAUAUCAGAAUUUCUUCCAUGAUCUCCCACCUUUUCUCUGUCGUUGGGCCGAAACCUCUAAAAUGCCGACCCCUCAUCCCAACCAGGAAAUACAUGUUCAUGGCAACGAAUCCUCUACUCAGGUUCCUUCGCAAAAAGGAAAGGCUGCCAGCCUGUGUUCAGAUGAAUUACAAUCUAUUUGGCAUCGACAAGCCAGCUUCACCGUCGGAAAAUAUAGAAGAUAUGUCCUCCUUCGUCGCAACGCCAGAGCCAUCGCGUUGCGAUCUCGGGAUACCUAUGAAUACCAACUUCUCAGGUGCUUGCGUCUCGUUGAAGAAGCCAAGUGGCCCCAUUCAACGUACAGAAUUCUUUUCCUGGCGGUUAUACCUCAUACUCUUUUCUCUCUCGGAGCUGCAAAACAUGCUCUCAACGAUCGUAAGGUGGAAAUACGAACAAUCCGACAAUCUCUCAAAGAGAAAGGAGAUGAACCUUCCGACUUGCUGGAUAGUCAGGAGUCUGCAAUUGAUGUCCUAUCCGUCUCCAUACUCGAUCUCACUUCAGCACUGGAAUUGACAUCAGACGUCCAUAGCAGGCAUGAUACGGCUGCAUUGAAGGCGAUCAUGCAGCAAGUGAUGCUGGUUCUAGGGCAGGUCGCGGAAAUUAAGCUGGACACAAAGUUCCGCGACAGUUUUCGUAUCUUGUCGCGAGUUCGUCAGUAA